CACAACAGCCACAGAUGAGGGGGGAGAAUGAGUGAGUGUUAUGCUGGUCCUAAAGAUCAGCCUGGAAAAAUAACGUGGCCUUUCUGGAUUAUUAUGUCUCACAUUUAUUCACCGGGAUUGAGACCAAUUUGGAUCCUCUGUGAAGAAAGACAGACAGGAGAACGUUUGGAGCUUAUUUAGCACAGGGAGGCCACAUUUCUUAACUCGUAGGGGCUGAUCCCAGUGCUCAGAUUGUCCAGUUCCUCCAGGUUUCGAAGUAAAAGUGGGAAUGUUUGUAAGGCAUUUUGGGGUAAGGCGAAUGCACUGCCUCUGCCUGAUGAGCUUUGCUGUGUUCUUUACAUGUCUUGGAUGAAGCAGGACGAGCAAGAGCGGUGGAAGGACCUGAAGCCGCAGGGAGGGAGUGGAAUUCUGUUGGCUGCUUCCAAGGAAAGAAAGGAAAACAUUCUCUCACUCUCCUCAUACCCUCUGAGAAGGAAUGCUUGCAGUUAAUGUUGGCUUUUACUGGAAGAGGAUCUGGCAAAUCCCAUCAAGGUUUGCUCCAAGAGUUGAAUAUUUUGAGUGCAUCUGUGGUGAGAUGUUUUGUGGAAAAGCUAAGGAUGAAUGGAAGGCUCCCUGUGUGUCACCAAAUCCGAAGUUUUGUGAUGAGAUGAUGAAUGGGCUGGUUCUGCCUAAGGGAGCGUGUUUAAGCACAAGCUGGAUUUUGUUCCUCAGUGUGUGUGGAAGUCCCAUCUGAGACAGAGGCUGUCCAAGGGACAGACAUGAAGCUGCUCUGCAUCUCCUGCAUGAGGAGGGAAGAGGUGACAGCCAGCACGGUGGUGGAGUGGUACUACAGGCCCAACGGGGGAAAGGAUGAGCCUAUCUACGAGUACAGGAAAUCAAACCACGAGUUCCCAAGCCGCUUCAGCGGGCGGCUGCAGUGGAACGGGAGCAAAGACAUGCAGGACGUGUCCAUCACCGUGCUGAACGUGACCCUCAACGACUCGGGCAUCUACACCUGCAACAUCACCCGCGAGUUCGAGUUCGAGAUCCACCGGCCCCUCUUCCAGAGCUCCAGGGUGAUCCACCUCACCGUGGUGGAGGAGGCUGGAGAAGAUUUCACCUCUGUCAUCUCAGAAAUUAUGAUGUACAUUCUGCUGGUCUUCCUCACGCUGUGGCUGCUGAUUGAGAUGAUCUAUUGCUACAGGAAGGUGUCCAAGGCAGAGGAGGCUGCCCAGGAAAACGCGACAGACUACCUUGCAAUUCCAUCGGAAAACAAGGAGAACUGUGCUGUGCCUGUGGAGGAGUAGCGGAGGGGAGGCAGCGCAGUGAGCGGCACCAAGGGGCUCUGAAGACAGAAGGACCAUGCCACACCAGCCAGCUUGGAGGGGAGCUCUGCGCCGUCGGGAGGAACACGGGGAAGUGUUAAUUCUCUUCCAUUUGCCCUUGACUCUGUACAGCUUGACUUUGGUCCUGUGACCCACCUGAGCUGCCAGCCCGGUGCUGAAGGACUCCUCUGUGGAAGCAUGCUGAGCACACGGCACAGGCUGUGGGCAGCACGGCUCCUCCCCGACUUUCAGUUCCACCAUCACCUCAAUGGCUUUGUAAAUGUCACCUGUCACUUCUUAGCUGCUCUCACCACCACCUUUAUUUGCUAAAUGUGCUACUUCUCCACUGCAGAGGUUAAGGGUAUGUAUGGCAUUGCUCUGAGCUGCAGGACUGUGAACAAGGAUCUCUUGGGGGGUUAUUCCACCACCCACUGUGGCCCAAGCGUUUUUCUCGGUGUUAAAAUAGGAAGAAUUUAAUUAAUGAAUGAAGUCACUGUGAAUUUUAGGCUGUCCAUGCACAAGCAGAGUGGGGUGAGGACUGUAAUGCACUAAAAUUGGAAAUGUGUAGUAGGAAGGACAGGUCCCUGUGCCACGUUCACACUUUCUUCUGGAGGGAAUUGAGAAUACAGACCAUUCCUGCUUUGGGAAGCAGGAUGAUGCAAGAAUAAGAAUCCCCUGUGUCCCUCUCAUUUAUCAAGUGUCAAAGCCCUCAUCCCCUUCCACCUGGCACAGCAGGUUUGCUCCUGGGGUGCAGUGGGAGGAGGAACCUCCAACAGCUGACAAAGCAGCAGGACAAGGUAGGGGAUCCAGCUUUUCCUGGGAAACCCCAAAAAGGAAGGCAGUCUCAUGCUGGUAGGCAGGAGGAGUAAAUAGGAUUCAAAGCCCUCACAGCUUAGUGAAAUGGUUGCAGUUUUGUAACUGUGAUGGUUCUCUCUGGUGCUGUAGCAGCACCAUCUAGAGGGAUGGACAGAAAACACCCACUUUUCCCAGUUAAUCCUAAUUCUCUCUUGAGGUAAUUAAUCACCAGUAUAAAUCGUCUGGAUUGAUCCUAAAUGAUCUUCUAGUGCCCAGGAAUCACCCUGGAAAUUCCAUCUUUCCUAUGCAAACUUACCUUUUCUGAGAGUUAAGCAGAAUAAAAAUAGUUUUCUGCCCUUCAAUGCAGAUCAGUUGAGCUCAGCCGCUGGGAUUGGAAGGGGGAAAAGGCAGAACCAUUGGCCAGGGUGGAAUUGUGCUGUAAAACCAGGUGGGGAAGGUCUGGGCUUGUUGCAUGGCAGAGUUGUGCCACCCCUGCUGCAGUGGAGCCUGUGCUGCUUAGCCAGAGUUGACAAAUUCUGCUCCACUUACUGUAAGUAGCUCCAAGUGCUCGUGACUCCAGGCAUGCUCCCCACCCACGGAAUCCCCUCUGCUUUGUUCUGCUGCUUUUUAUGUGCUGGCUAAAAACCACAGAAAUUACCCCGUUUGUAAGGCAGGCUCAGGCCAGAUUUCCAACUGGCACUUGUUCAAAACCCUUUUUUCAGAGUGGGUGUCAACUUCAGUAAACUACUCCAGUGCAGUCUUGGUAGUAGGAUUGCUCCCAAGCCCAGAGCCAAGCCUGGCAAGGGGAGCACAAUUUCCAGAUGAAGCAAACUCACAGACUGGGCACCAGUUCCCAACAUCCUGAUAUCCAAAAGGGAUAUCCAAGAAUAUUCAGCUGAAUGCCAUCUUUUUCCCUGUCCCAGUUUGCCGGGCAGAAUCCUGAACUCAACAGAGGAGGGACUGGGUUGUAGCUCUGGGGUUUGCAGCACUGCCCACAGCACUGAGCCCAUGGUGAAUUUUAGGACACAACUCCAGCUCUGCUCCUCAGUCCCUGUGAGCCACAAACAACCCUCCGGUGUCAUACUGUUAAAUCAAACCAGGAGUGAGCCCAGGAACUUCUUGAGAGCUACCUCAGAUGGUAAAGAAGGGCCGUCCCCUUGUCCUGCACCUCCCUGAGUCCCACAGGCAUCUCCUGGAUGCUUUUUUUUGGACAAACCUUUCACUUUUCCAGUUCCUGCAGACAGAGGUGACCAUUGCCUCGUGGUGUUCCAAGCAGGAGGAAACAGGGUGCAAAGUUCUGCUCAAGAAUCUUGCAGGGAGAGAGGAAUAACAAUUUAAGAACUGGUGGAUUCUUCAAGACCUGGAAGAGAUGGUCCUGACAAAGACUCUGUGUGUUCGGAGUGAGCGAGGAGACUCUGGAACAGGCAGGAUAAUAAAAAGCACCAAGAGCCAC